AUGGUCCACCAGUACUUGCUCUUAGCGCUACCCAUCCUGGUGCUAGAUGCUGUACAAGGCGUUAACGCAAUCCACGCAGAGAAAUCAAACCCAUCGCCUCCUGGAGUGCAUGUUUUGCCUCUGAUUGAAGAUGGUUCAGAUGACUAUCAUUCAUGGAAUGCCGAGGUUGCCGCUGGUACUCCCCCCCAGAAAAUGAAGCUGUUUCUGGACAUAGCCAGAUCGACAACGUGGUUCAUCUCUGAUAAGAUCUACGCAGAAUGUGACGGCUGCGUGAACGGGUACUAUCAGCUCAAUAAAUCCAAGACCUCGUCCCGCGUUCUAGGCCAUACCACAGCUUCCUACGGAGAUCCAACGACAUAUCCCCCAAGUAACAGCACGUUUGAUCUGGAUUAUCAUAAAGACACGGUUCAAAUUGCAGGCGUCAGCAUCCCUAAACAAGCUUUUGGUCUUUUAAACCCGUCCAAAAAUGAAUUCAAUGGGAUUGGUGCGCUUUCGCUUGGCCCCAGUAUGGAACAUGGAUAUGCACCAGGGGAACUCUACAGUUCUUUCCUGGACAACCUUGUUGCAGACAAAAAGGUUGCCAGCCGUACUUAUAGUAUUGACCUACGCAGGCACGGCUCAAAGCCAGGCAAGUCCCUUUGUUCGGCUAUCAGAACUGUCCCCAAUGGCAAGAACAAGGCUGGCAAGGUGACAAGCUACGAGGUCCACAAGAACGACUCAGUCUUCCUCCUUGACAGUUCGAACCAGUACCUCCGAUUCCGCCACUCCUUCGUCGAUCCUCUUUACAAGACUCUCGGCGCGGUGAACGACGGAAAUGACGCCUAUUUUGUGCCUUGCGAGAAGCGCAACAUGCCUGGUAGCUGGGACUUUCAGUUCGGCGACGUCACGAUCAAGAUUCCGUACAGCAAGAUUAUCACUGACCAGUCAGAUGACAAGGGUAAGACUUGUUGGGUUGGUGUUUUGACCACCUGGAAGGGACAGCUAGUUCUGGGACAACCUUUCUUGGAAGCUGCCUACCUUGCCUUCGAUCUGGACAACAAGCAGGUUGCACUGGCUCCACCGGCCAACUGUGGUGAAAAGCUGGUUGCAUUUGGUUCUGGACCUAAUGCUAUUCCUAAUUUGAUGGGUUGUUAA